CAUUUUUCGGGAUGCAAUUGCAUUUUGAAGUUUGAGGCUUUCAAUGGCUCUCAGUUGCAUUUCCUGUUUAGUAUGUGCCUUUUUGCAGCCACACACACACUCACACACACAGUUCCUGUAAGGCAGGGCUCGCACUUCAGCUGUGCAUUGACGUUAUUUGAAUUCUUCUGCGGGCAUUACGGAGCCCUUUCUGCCUUUUGCACAGUCAGGACAGGGAGAGGGUGCGGAGGAGCAGAUGCAUUCGCUGUCGUGUGGUGUGCAUGCAAAAUGGGCACGGUGCAGGAGAACCGCAGCUGAUUUGCAGCGCAAAAUGAAAUGAAACUUUUGCAGAACUCCGGGGACGAGAUGAAAGGCAAGAAGAGAAACCCUGGGCUGAAAAUUCCUAAAGAAGCAUUUGAGCAACCACAGACGAGCUCCACGCCACCCAGGGAUCUAGACUCUAAAGCCUGCAUCUCUAUUGGCGAGGAGAACUUUGAGGUGAAAGCUGAUGACCUGGAGCCCAUCUCUGAGCUGGGACGAGGUGCAUACGGGGUGGUGGAGAAGAUGCGGCACAUGCCUAGCGGGCAGAUCAUGGCAGUGAAGCGCAUCCGAGCCACGGUGAACAGCCAAGAGCAGAAGAGGUUAUUGAUGGAUCUGGAUAUCUCCAUGAGGACAGUAGAUUGCCCCUUCACCGUCACUUUCUAUGGAGCACUUUUCCGAGAGGGAGACGUGUGGAUUUGCAUGGAGCUGAUGGAUACCUCACUGGACAAAUUUUACAAGCACGUCAUUGACAAAGGCCUGACGAUUCCUGAGGACAUCUUAGGGAAAAUAGCCGUCUCUAUUGUAAAAGCACUAGAACAUCUACACAGUAAGCUCUCCGUGAUCCACAGAGAUGUAAAGCCCUCUAACGUGUUGAUCAAUACGCAGGGGCAGGUGAAAAUGUGCGAUUUUGGGAUUAGCGGUUACCUCGUUGACUCUGUUGCUAAAACCAUGGAUGCAGGAUGCAAACCCUACAUGGCUCCUGAAAGAAUUAACCCGGAGUUGAACCAGAAGGGGUACAGCGUCAAAUCUGAUAUCUGGAGCCUGGGGAUCACGAUGAUCGAGCUGGCCAUCCUGCGCUUUCCCUAUGACUCCUGGGGGACGCCCUUCCAGCAGCUCAAGCAGGUGGUGGAGGAGCCGUCGCCGCAGCUCCCGGCGGACAAGUUCUCAGCAGAAUUCGUCGAUUUUACCUCGCAAUGCUUGAAGAAGAAUUCCAAAGAGCGGCCAACAUACCCAGAGCUUAUGCAACAUCCUUUCUUCACCCUGCACGAAUCCAAAGAGACAGACGUCGCCUCUUUUGUCAAACUCAUCCUGGGAGACUGAGAACUGGACUUUGUAUGAAUUGCCCUUCUGUGGACUGGUGGGUGCAGGGGAGGGGCGCGUGGCAGGACUUGUCAUGGAAGCACCAACAGAAAGUCGCCGUGUUUUGUUUUGUUUUGUUUUUAUUCUGAGAAACCCCCCACCUCGCCGAAGUUUUUAAAAGGGUUCUUUGGUAUCCAUAGUGACAUAGAACGAGCUGGUUAGUGAAAUGAAUUUUAAUAAGGUUGGUAACCUUGAAACAAAAGCAAAACAACGACAACAACAAAAAAUUAAGAGUGAUUUACAUAUUUAAUGACAGUCAAAACCCCUCUUCCUAACGUUUUCCUACUUCCCUUUCCCUUCCUCCCGAACCGGAAUUUGCUUUGUCAUGGUAAUAGGUGCUAUGGUAGUCAUGAAGUUGUAUGUAGAUUUAUAUUUUGUCCCUUCCAUUAUUUUAAUAUUUAUGUUAAGUGCUUGAUGGAAUAGAUUUCUGUUUUAUAUGAGGAUGAAUGUGUGGUGAUGAUGAUGAUGCUAAAUGAGGCCACAGCAAGCAAUAGUCCUAGGGCUUUGCUGGGGAAAAAGGUGCCAGAGGAAAAGAGAAAGAAGAGAAGUGUCUGUGUUGUGGAUAAUAUUUAAUGUGCAUCCUAUAAAGAAUUUAUAGACAAGGAUCUCAGUUCAGCUCUUCGAGCUGCCUUCAUAGGGUGCGAAGCAGCAUUGCUGUGCUGGAGGGAACCCCAGCAUUCCGUGAGGUCACCUCACCUCCAGAGUCCAUGCUCUGAGCCCAGGCAGCCCGAUGCCCACGGUGCUCUGCCAGCCUCUGCACAGGGAAAGCCCAUGCCCGACGUCCUGCCCUUACCCUGCAGGACUGGGCAGGUGAUGAGGUCCAGGGUGGGAAGAUACUGUUGGGUGAGUUUCUGGCCAGAGGGAAACGACUUGUCCAGAACAUUGCACAAAAUCCAGGAGGAGCCUGGUCCCCACCUGCCCUCAAGCCCAGCAGCGUUGCAGUGUCUGGGGCUCACCUGGGCUGGGGAUGUGCUGCUUUGGGCACAAAAGGGCACUCCUCUCACCUCCUCCAGGUAAGAAAGGCAAACAAUCACAGCGGGAGGUCUGAAAAAGUAGGGAUAGCUCAGCACAGGUUUCCAGGGUUUUCAGCACUGCCUAAGCAGCAAUCUCCCUGUGUUUGCGUGCAGACUUCAGAAGUGCUGCCCUGGAGCCUGUGCUGGCACGUGAUUUGGGCCAUGUCCACCUCUGGUUGUGAUACUGGAGGCAGCCAGGAGUGCCAGGCUCCAACAUGGGCUGCAGGUGUCCCCCAUCAGGUCAGCAGCUGGGAAAACCAUGCAGGGAAACCACAGCCCACCUGUCCCAGGAGCUUGUUGCUGUUGGCCCAGUCUGCAGAGAAAAGCUGCUAGCCAAGGGCUGGAGUGUGAGGGCUGUCUGGGUGGGAGGGGGAAUACAGUGACCCACUCUGCUUUUAGGUAACAUGGUUUCUUUCCAGAGAAGGGGGGCUGAGCACUGCGAGGCAUUGCUGCGUCUGGAGCAAGGCCACUGGCAGGCACGAGUAUGGUGCUGGUUUGACUGAGCCAGACCUGCACAGCUACAUUACCAGGCUAUGAAUCCUUUGCCGUUGCCCGUGGCUCCUUCCCCCAGCCCUGCAGGGUGCAUGAGUGUAUGGCUGCACUGCAGCCUGUGUGUGUGCCUCGUGCUCCUCUGCAUGCUUCCCUUCCCCACCCAUCACUUCUGCACAAGUUCUCAGAGCCAAAUCCCAACUGGAAGCGCGCCAUGCCCUGCAAGAUGGUUGUGCAGGAUGUUAUAUACAGCCCUUUCUCUCCUAGUUUAGUGGCAUCAGUCUCCACUGGUGUAGGUAGGUUGGACUUCAGGAUUAUCCUGAGCACCCGUCUGGGAAGUGAUUUCUUGAGAAGGGCAGUAUUUAGAGCAGGGAACCCUGAGUGGUAGGGUAGUACCACUGGUGCUGGGGGCACGCAACUGCUUUGGAGAUGUGCACAUAGACACCAGUGCCUGGGCUGCUGCUGCCAGCAUCAUAACUGUGGCUGGCAGUGCCUGCUGAGGUGGUUGCAAACCCUAUAACAGUGCUGCUCUGCCUUGGGACCUUAUCAUAGAAUAUCCUGAUUUGGAAGAGACCCAUAAGGGUCGUCAAGUCCAGCUCCAUAUCGAAGGAGAUUCAUCGAUCCUUGUGCUCCUCCACUGCAGGCAGGGUGCAGGUGACUCCUUACUGCAAAGGGCUCACGGGUCAUGCAGGCUUUGGGGAGGAGGUUCCCCUUCCUCAGGCCCUGCUUCACGAGCCUGCUGGCCCCCAGUAACAAUAAGCUCCAUAUUUCACUUUGCGUCGAGGAGAACCUUUCAGGUCACACUGUGUUGUGGGUGAAACACAAGGAUGUUUUACUUCACUCUGUAAUUUUAAAAGGCCUCGCAUGGCUCAUAAUCUGCCCUCUCAUAUUCCGUGGUGUGUGUGUGUGUUUUCUCUCUCUCACUUUCUCAGAGUCACAGAGCUGUUUUGAUUGAUUGUCCUCAGCUGCAGCUGAAAGUCCGGCCAGCCAGUUUAUGGAGUUGGUUCCAGCAUCAAUUCUCGCUUUGAAAAACAUGACAUUUAAAACCACCCUUUGGUUUUCCUACAUAUGGAUCUGAUGCUUUUGUUAAAGAUUGUUUUUGCUACUUUUCUCCUGGAAUAUAAGUCUCAUUUGGACACCGCAUCCUCUUGACCUCACAGCACCUUUAUUUCAGUGCCAUUGUAAUUGACAGGUUGAAUUUAUGAGAUACUGUCAAAGUUCAGUAUUAAUAGCAGAUAUUAAUGUCACCAGCGUUUUCCAAUAGAAAAUUAAUGUCAGUGUUGUCUGCAGCUAGUAACCCUCUAAAAUGAUUCCUGCAUGCCUCAACACUACAUGCUGAGUACUUUCUUUUAAGCCUUUUGCUCUUGCAGUGCUUGGGCUGUCUGAUUCCUUUGUUUUAAUGACAUUACAAUAGAGCAUGCAACAAAUCACUUCACUUCCUCCUGAUUCUCCAUGACUUUGUUCCUUUAAAAGUCAUUUACGUCAGCCCAGAGUAAGUGUGAAUCUGUAUGGCCAGUGUGAGUAAAACCAGUGAUCUGCAUUGGUUGUCACUGAAAAGGUACUUGAAGGAGGAGAGGAAUGCAGAAGCUGUCUCUGCAUCCCUCUUUGUGGACACCAGGCUUGGCCUGAUCAAGGGUAUUCUUAGAGAGAAGCCUGAGCUGGUGGCCUCAGAGCAAGGAGGAGAGCUAGAGUCUCCUCUGCAAGGUUGCAAAACAAAAAUCAGACUCUUUUCCAUUUGAUUGUAAACUCAGUCAAGAUGAAAGGGUUUUGUUCAGUACCCAGAAUCUUUUUUGGAUGUAACCUGAGCACAGGUUUGGCUGGGAGAGGCACGAUUUGUGGGAUAUUUAGCCUUUCCCAGCAACCAUGCCCCAUGCCCUGGUGUUGAGGCUUGAAGCUGUUCUUCCAAAGGCUCCUUUGUCUUCAGACAGUGCAGAACUGUGGGCAGCACACAGGGUGUUAGAUUGUCCCGAGUCAGGAUAUUUAAAUUGCAGAAGCAGCAGGUCUCAUUCCACAAACCUGAAACAAACCAAAACACCCCAGGGAGUAAAGAGGAGUGAAAAGCUGCCCAGAGCUGAGCACUGAGCCAUGGCUUGGACCAGCAGUGUGAAUUAAUUCCAGCACAGUGAGACAUUUGCAAGGCAGGGCCUCUCUGCUGCUCUCUUCUCAGCCACAGCAGUGGUGAUCUGGCUGUGUGAGACAUGCAUAGCCCAUCCUCAUGGCAGGAAGAGGGAGACCACAGGGGCAUGAUGUUCAUCAUCUAUUUUCUCCAACGUGCCAAAUUCCUUACAACUCCUGACGUUCUUGCGACCUCCUCCAUGCUUGAGGCUUUGCCAUUUCUAGGGGUCUUGAACUGUGGCUGGCAGAAAGGCUUCUUUCUGGGUCCCCAAAAGCCCACUGUCCCUUAAACUUGAUGGGGAACUUGGAGAGCAUUUGCUGGUUACUGUUUUUAAGGGCCACCCUGCUGUGGUGGGUGGAACGUCCGUCUUCUCUGGGGGUUUUCCAGAAGUUCACACAGAUAGCUUCAUAUUGUAUGUCUGCAUUUUUCCCUGACUUCUAUCGAUUUUAGUGGCAAGGAAGGAGGUUGAAGAGGCAGGACUGCCGUUUCUGGAGGCUCUAGGUGGGUAACUACUUAGAAAUAGCACUUAAAAUAACUGAGUGCAGUUAAGCUCGCUGUUCUUUGACUGGGGAAGGAGGUGGUUCUGUGAUUCUGUGAUUCUGUGAUUCUGUGAUUCUGUGAUUCUGGUUGUGUGCUGUUGGGUCAGUGUUGGGUGCAUUUUGACUUGGUGGGAAGGGACUCCGGGGCCCUCACCCAUGCGACGUUGCAGUGCCUAGUUCCAAGGACAGAGAUACCCACACACACAGCAUUAGCCAGGAUUUCUCCAUGUUUGCAGAAGCAGAGUAUGUACCUGAACAUUUCCCUUCUUUCCUAGACGUUUUGGAAGAGGAAAUCCCACUCGGCUAAUGCAGCAUUGCUUUAGUGGCUGGUCUGGUGUAGUUCAGACAAGGUUCCCACCAGCUCCCUUGUUUAAUAGGCCUCUUCUUUAUUAAAAACAAAACCCAAACUCCUCUCUCAGAAAAGCCAGCCAAGAUGCUCUUUUUUUUUCCCCCCUCUCUUCCAUCUUGUUCCUCUUAGAGGAACUCUGGGAGCCAGUCUUGGUGCUUUCACUCUUUCACAUGCCAAAGAUUGCUACAUCCCUCUUAGUUAUGCUCCUGCCAAACCAGAUCUUAUAGUCUUGCCUCAAGAAUCAUCCACUUCCCUGCUCCUUGGGGUUCCUUUUGUUGCUGUUGCUUUUUCAUUGAAUUUCCUCAUGUUUAUUGACAUGUCUAUUGUUGAGCUUCCUGGACACAUGCAGCUCUCUUUUUCAGAUACAGAGAAAGACAAAUAGUUGCCUUCGCUGGUCAGCCCCUGCUGUUGGGGAAAUACUGCUAGUGAUACGAUUCUUGCAGGUGGGGAUGGCUCUCAUUUAAAGCUAGGGUCACGGAGGGUGUAAACUGGCAUUGCUCCGGCUUUGCUGGAAUAAGGCCAGUUUUGUCCAGCUGAGAAUCUGUCCUUAAUGUCUAAACAGUUAUUACAUACUAAUAAAGAUUAAUGAUUGUAAAUCCCCAUGGAUUAUACAUAAAAUGGCAAGUUUCACUCAUUAAUCUUUAUUGCCAUAUUAUAGCUGUUUAUGUUAGAGGAGUUAUCUCUCUCUGUUCUGAGCGUGCACUUAGGAGAAAGGGGCUGAGUGUGGGGGAGAUGGUGGGUGGACAUAACAGACCAGAUGUCCAUGUGUUUUAUAGUCUGUGUCCUCUCCCCCAAGUUACUUAUUUCCUUGAAAGCCUUUAACCAGCAGCAAAGGAUGUAUCACAGAGCUUUGUCUGCUUCUCUGGCCUCUGGCUGAGCUAUAAAAUCCAGAUUGUUUCUGGUGAGAAGGGAUCAGAUCUCCUAAUUAAUAUUUCAGCUCAGCCUUUACUGGAGCAGAUGGAUAAUAUGAAAUUUGACGAGUGCUCUGGCAGGCCUGAGCUCUGCAGUGCACUGAGAUUCACUCUCCUGGACUGUGGCUGGAAGAGAUACUUUCUGCGCAGUAUGAAGCAGUGUUUCAGGCUGAAAGGAUGCAGCUCCUUCACGGAACCCUGUGCUAUAAAAGCAGUUGAUUUUGUUAUUAAGAAGGGCCAGAAAAAGCUUACUUGAAUCUCAUCUUUUGUGUUUGGAGACGAGCAUAGAUUCAGCUUGUUGGUGAUGCCAGUGGUCCGCACUGUAUAAAUUGAAGGGACUGCAAAGAACUGCAAGGGUGGUUUUAUGGCAUAGGGACAAACUAAGUGCUUUGUUGAGCAGCUGUUGUUUGUCUUCUCUGCCAAGGAAGAGCUGAAGUUGAUCGAGCAGAGCUCAGCAGACAGAGAGCAAUGGAUUUAGGUGAUGCAUUUUGUCUCGUAUCCUAGAUGCCACUGUGUCCCCACUGCCUGCAAAAGAAACAAAAUUUAAAACCCCAGAGAAAACCAGGGAAGAACUGCAAGUGAGCUGGUAGUGGUGCCUGUAUGGCCUUGUGCAUUGCUGCUUCCCCCGUUGAGCUUGUCAAUGAGUUUCAUUGGGCAUGAAUGAUGGGAAAGGCUUGAGAACUGCCUCGGUAGCUGAGAAAGAAGAGGGUAAAUAUUUUAAGGAGCAAAUUCCCAUCUUUUGGUUAGUUAUGUUUAUAACUGCCACAGGAACAAAGGAAUCCUGCAGGACCUGUGCUGCAGGCAGUGUUGUUCCGCUAGGAAUGAUUUGUGGCUGUGACAUGUUGCAUGGCCUGCUUUAGUGCAAUGCUGGAUGGCUGGCCAGCUAGUAGCCUCCAUUGACCUCUUCCCUACAGUCACAGUUACAUUUUGCAUUUUACUGUCUGGGAUUUUACUAGCAGCUUUUUUUCUAGGUGGUCAGACAGAGAGAAAGCAAAAGAAAGGGGCCUUUGGGAGAAGAAGGCAGUGCCUGUAUGCUAUCCACUGCCCGCCCACAGGUAUCCAGCCAAGGUGAGAGCUUCCCCGAGCCGUUGGAAUACUCCCUGACAUCUGUUCUUACUUCUUCUCCAUCUCAGGAAAAAUCCCUGCUGGAAGCAGAGCAGCCCCAUGGCUCGCCCUUGCCGGCAGCCAGCCUGCGGGCCGGGCUGCGUUUCCUUCCUCGAAAGGCUCUUGGGUUUCUCUAAACGAUGGGGCACCACUCCAGCGGCUGCGAGGUACCGCGGGGAUAAGCUGGGAAAUGCUUGGAAGUGUCUUAAAACGCGCUGGAAAUAGAGAUGGAAAUCUCGAAAGAUCAGACGGCUUUCGGCAAUUUCCAAAGCUGUGUGGUUUUAGCCAGACCUGAAAACCCUUCCUAGAAGUUUAUUUCGGGGUAUUUUGGUAUGUUACUUUCACUUUUGGGCCCAGCUAAAUCCAGGAAGCUCAGAAUAGUGUAAUUUUAAAAUAGAGAAUAAACACACCCACCCCGAGUAUUGCUGAACAGAUCAGGAAAAUUCGUGUUUGGUUUCUCACAAAGGAAGAAUUCGGGCCAGCUCAGGGUUUAUCCUAAUUCAGUCUGGUUUUGCCCGAAAUUAUUACUCUUUUUGAGAAAAUAAGAGAUCCAUUCUGCGGCCUUUCCGUAAUGCCAUGACCAGCAUGCAAGGGUCCGAAUCAGAAGAUGCCAGCAGGAGGCUAGAGACAAGUGCAAUGGGGAGAGGCAGCCAGCACUGAGCAGGAGGGAGCAGGAUGGCCGCAAGUACGUGCCUGGCCUCUAAAAACACAGCUAGAAGCAGAUCCUCUAUGGUUAUGUGUGGUGGAGGUAUUGGGGUCUGCCAUGUUGCCUUUUUUUUUCUUGUCUGUUCCUUCUUAGAAAGACCUUACGGCCAUCUCAGAGUGUCCAGAAACAAUAUCUGAGUCUGUGGUAUCUCUCAGCUCAACUGUGUGCUUCUUUUCAGGAAGGGUACUGGGAAGAGUGGGAAGGGACGUGGUGUCUUUCAGUUAGACAGCCAGAGUGAAGAGGUGUAUAUCAAGUGCCUUGCAAGAGCCAAAAAGGUUUGUUUAAAGAAGAAUUACAGCCUGUGGUGUAGGCUGUCAGGAUUGAAUUUAUCGUAUACAGGUGCAGCUGCAGAAUUCUCCAUCCACAUUUUGCCCGCAUUUAGUCGUGAGCCUUCCAUAAAUACAGGAUGAAUCAUAGAAUGGCUUAGGUUGGAAAGGGCCUUAAAGAUCACCUAGUUCCGACCCCUGCUGUGGACAGGUUUGUCACCCACCACAUCAGGCUGCCCAGGAUCUCAUACAAUGGUCUUAAGCAGCUCCCAGGAAAAUAUCUAAUAAUAAUAGCCCAUGCUUGGUGGGCUUAAGUCAAGGUGGGGCUCUACAGACAGAAA